CCAAGAACUUUGUAUUUGAAAUUCCAAGAACAAUGCAUGCAAUUGUCUGGCUACACAUGCAUAAAACACACCGGAUUUUUCUUGUAUUCACAUAUGUACAUGCAGGCAGCAGCUGAUUCUAUAGUGAGCAAGAAACUUUCCAUGCAGAGAAAUGGCCGAUGUCUAUGAAGUUCAAAAGGUGUCAUCCACUAUCCAGAAGCGAGAGAGUGAAGGCUAUGGUGAAUCUGUUGAUGGAGAAGAAGUAGUCACUGUCGCUUAUUUUGAGCAUUUAUUAUCGAAGCAAGAUGGAAAGUACUACUAUGGUGUACAAAUUGUUACUGGCAAGCAAAUGGAUGCUGGAACUACUGGUGAUUCCUAUGUGAUGCUGGUGGGAGACAAAGGGAAGACUGAAAAACUAUCAUUGCGAGGCUGGUUUGAUUUUCGAGUUGGGAAAAAUUCAUUGAACAACUUGACAAUUGUGACUGAUGAUGACUUGGGCAAGGUGUUGGUUGUGGUAGUCGGUUGUGACUCCGGUUGGUUUGAAGAUCACUGGUAUGUGAGCUUUGUCACUGUAGUCAACUUACAGCUGCAAGAAGUCGACCAAUUUCCCUGCAACCAUUGGAUUGAUGGAGACAGCCACGUCACUAUUACUGCGACUACCACUACAGAAAAGGAUGUGGCUGGGAACAAAAUUUUGCUUCAACAGAGAGUUCACCAGCUGUUACACCGCCGAGAGGUUUAUAGGUGGAGUAAAGAUGAGGCUAGUGGCAUUCCAUCUGGAAUUGAUGACACCGUUGCGAAGCUACCUGCUGAUGAGCAAUUUCGAGCAGUCAAAAGUAUCAAUUUUAAGACUGAUGGUAUGAAAAUUGUUGGCACCCUAAAGAUCGCAAGCUUCUUUGUCGAUUGUGAUGAUCUCCAUGGCUAUGAGGUACUUGCAAGAAAGUUGGGGGGCGAGAGGCAGCUCUAUGAGGCUGGGCGUUGGACAUCAGAUGUGGAAUUUGGACGACAAAUGAUGAAUGGAGUCAAUCCAAUUUUCAUCGAGAGGUGCAGGGCUGUACCACCCAAUUUCCCUGUGACCAACGAAAUGGUUCAGCCAUUUAUGAGCCUAUCUCUUGAAGAAGAAAUGAAGGCUGGACACAUUUACAUAUGUGACAUGAAAGUCAUGGACGGGCUCAAAGCGAGAGUGGGAUAUUUCAACGUUGCCCCCAUCUGCCUACUCUAUGUGAAUAAGGCCAAGAAACUGGUUCCCAUUGCUAUCCAGUUGAAUCAAGGUGUAAGGGAGGAAGAAAAGACAAAUAAUCCAAUCUUUUUGCCCAAUGACAGCUGGAUUGAUUGGCUGCUGGCUAAAAUCUACUAUCAGAGUGCACACAGCCAGAUUCAUCAAGCCUUCACACACUACACUUCUUGCCAUGCUACCAUGGAAGCAUAUUCUAUGGGCACUCAACGUAACCUCCCAGAUCCACAUCCUAUUUUCAAGCUGCUCGUACCAUACCUUCGCUACACAAUAGCAAUCAAUUCUCGUGCUCGAAAAACUCUUAUCAACCCCGGAGGUGCCAUUGACUCGUUUUUUGGCAUUGGCGGUGAGGGAUUAAUUGAGUCAUGGAAGAGAUGUGGAGCAACCUACAACGUUCAUACUGCCAACAUCAAGCGCUCGGCCAAGGAGCGAGGAGUGGACAAUGCUGAGCAGCUGCCUGGCUACUACUAUCGAGACGAUGGGAUCAAAGUGUGGGAUGCUUUGGAGGGCUAUGUCGACGAUAUCAUCAACGAGUUUUACCUGACAGACGAUGAUGUUAUAAAAGACAAGGAGCUGCAAGCAUGGGCAGAAGAUAUUCACACCCAUGGCUUCCCAGCAUACCGUGAUGCUCCUGUCGGACAUGGCUUCCCCAAUAAAAUGAGUUCCAAGGAAGAGCUGAGGCUCUACUGCACUCUGAUCAUGUUCACUGGAUCAGCCCAGCAUGCUUCUGUUAACUUCAUGCAGUAUUACUACUAUCGAUUCGUGCCAAAUGCUCCAUUUGGUGUUCGCCGACCACCACUCACCAAGAAAGGCAUUGCAGAUUAUCAGUCCCUCCUCAACACGCUACCAGAGGAAGAAACAGCCAUGAAAUGCGUUGGCACCACUCACCUCCUUUCUCAGUACAGUCAAAAUGAGAGGUUCCUUGGAGAUACUAUGCAGAUGUUUUCAGAGAAAAAAGCCAGAACAAGCCUAGAAAACCUCAAGACAGCCCUGACGGAGGUCUCCGAAAGUAUUAAAGCCCGAAACAAAGGCUUGCCUAUUGAUAUGCAGUACACUGCAAUGUUGCCUGAAAAUAUCCCAAACAGUAUUACUAUUUGAGACUUGGAUUUGAUUGCUAUAAUUAUGGUUAAUACUACAAUAAGAUCUAUAUAGUUAUAGAAGUUAUAAUUAAUACUUGUAUGAGUUUAUUAGCUAUUUUGACUGUUAGAAUUAGAAUUAUUUUGUUUGACUUGUGCAUAUAAUUAUCGUAUAACUUGUUUCUUUCAUAUAAUUAUACCAUGGUAUAACAGC